AUGGAUGGACUCUGCAAAAGAAAAUCUAUAAAUAUGAAGGACCUGAUGGUGGGCAUUACAAGGGCAGAAGGAGAUAAGAAGAAUCGCAACAGCCAGCCUUGGGUCAGUCUGGGACUAAAGCUGGGUAAAGGAAGAUCUGAAUAUCAAGAAAUUGAAGAAGAGAAAGAAAUUGAAGUGAAGAAUUUUAGCAGCCAACUUCGGAUAAGAGCCUGGUUAAAAGAAUAUCUGAAUAUCGAGAAUGACAGAAAGAGAUUGAGGAGAAGAAUCCUAGCUGCCGACCUAGAUCUUGCUUAUAGAAGAAAUAAAAAGUAA